AUGACUUCGAUCGCAACUGCUCGCCCAUCAUUGACAUCUAAUGAUUCGGCUGUACUACAAGCUCUAUUUGAUGCCGAAUCAUCCCCAUCGUCAGGAGUCAUUGUUAAUUCAUCGCUCCCCUCAUGGCCAUCAUCCCUGAACAUCUCUGAAACAGACUUGGCGUCGCUCAAGAGGCGUGAAACAGACAUCAUCCGCAAGUUGCAAUCAAUCAAAUCACCAAGUCUAGAGAUAGUCCAGUCAGCACUGAACGACUUCGACACUCUCAUCACUCAGCAUCCAACAUAUCCCUCCGCAUACACAAAUCGCGCACAAACACUCCGUCUGCUGGUCGAUUUGAUCUACGGCACAGAAGUGGGUAGUGAUCAGAGCACUGACACGGAGAUAGCCGAUGCUGCUCUCUUUGCCCCUAAGACAUCCCAGCUGUGCUCCCGCAUAUUCUCUGACAUAGGCCAAGCCAUAACCUUGGCCACUCCCGCCUCUCCCGCCGAUGCAGUCUCAACAACCCAGGGACGGUUAUUGGCUGACGCGCACACGCAUCGGGGAUACUUACUCCUUAAAGCGGCACGUGUGAAGAAGGCUGGUUCUAGUAUUGACGAGGCAGGACCGGAGCGUCUGCGUGGACUUUCAGCUGAUCAGCUUGAGGAGAUGGCUAGUCGGGAUUUCUUCUUUGGGGGUCGCUAUGGGAAUAAGGUUGCGCAGCAGCUUUCUGUGCAGACGAAUCCUUAUGCUAAGAUGUGUGGGGCUAUUGUAAAGGAGGCGAUGAAGAAGGAGCUUGAGGGGUGA